AGACAAGAGCCGUCGUCCCUCUUUGAUCGACGCGCAAAAUUCCUCACCCUCCGGACUCUCAAUUGCUACAACUGCAAACAUGGGAAAACCUCGAACAAAACGUCAGCUCGUUCGCGAAGAGCGUAAGCAGAAGAGGAAGGCCGCUGAGGCUGCCGAGACCGCCAAUACUGAAGGCAAGCGUGAAUCCAAACGACGCCGCCCCGACGACGAAGAAUAUUCCCAUGCCGACGAACCCGACGCGAAACGACACGAUGACGGCAGCUACCAUGGGUACCAGGCCCCGGAGAAGGAGUUCUUUGGUAUGCUCUCCGACGAGGAGCAGGAGUAUUUCCGCCGCGCCGACGAGCUGCUUGAGCUGAACCAGUUUCCCUCGGAUGAGGAGCGGGACGUCUUCUUGCAAAACAUCUACCGCGAGGCUGUCGGCAAGGAGUUAAAGCUCGCCAGCAGUCAGAGCUUGUCAAGGUUGAUGGAAAGGCUGAUUCUUCUGAGCAACACGGCUCAAAAGAAGCACAUUUUCAGCGCCUUUGCGGGCCAUUUCCUGUCGCUCGUGCAGCAUCGGUUUGCGAGCCACUGCUGCGAGACAUUGUUCCUGCAGAGUGCCCCCGUGGUGACACAAGAACUAGGGAAAGACACGAGAAUUGUCGUCGAUACUAAAGGCACCGGUACCAAGGAUGGCGAAGGGGGGGACGAACCUCAGCAGCCCAUGGAGAACCUGUUCCUACUUACCCUCGACGAGUUUGAGGAGCAUUUGGGCUUCUUGAUGACGGACAAGUUCGCCUCGCAUACCCUUCGGGUGCUCCUUGUGGUUCUCUCCGGGAGACCCCUUGAAGACCGGUCUACGAAGUCGCUCAUGAAGAGCAAGAAUAAGGAGUACAUUUCCGUCCAAGGAUUGACGCCAGUCGAUGGAGAUGAACUUCACACACAACUCCGAGCGGUGCCAAGUUCCUUCACCAUGGCGGUGAAGAAGAUCAUCGCCGAUGCCACAGCAGGCAUGGACUUCACCGCGUUGCGAGUGCUCGUCAAGCAUCCCACUGGAAAUCCGCUCCUCCAACUCCUCCUUGAGUUCGACAUUUCACUCAACCACAAAACACAAAAGGGCGUCGAACCCCCUAAAGACACACUCCUAUAUCGUCUACUCCCGGGAGCCCCCGCCUCCCUUAACGACGCCGACUCUGAAGCCUCCGACUUUGUGAACAGCAUGAUGUAUGAUCAGAUCGGCUCCCGUCUCCUGGAAACCCUCAUCACGCACGCUCCAGGCAAGAUCUUCAAGGCGCUGCAUCUCAACUUCUUUGCGCCUAGGAUAGGGACCUACGUCCGCAAUGAUAUCGCUUCGUACCCUGCCAUUCGCGCCCUGAACCGCUUCAGCAAAGACGACCUCGUCGACUCCAUCCAGAAAGUCAUCCCCGUCAUUCCGGCCCUCGUGGCCAAGGGCCGCUUCAACGUCAUCAGAACCCUCUACGAGCGCAGCAAGGCCCGCGGCGCCGAGGACCAGAUGCGGCCCAUCACCACGGCUUUGAUCAACGCCCUCGAAGCCGAUACCAAGGAAAUGAUUCCCAAGCUCUGCUACCUAAGCACCGGGUCGGACCAGGACGCCAAGGAGAACGGGAAGCCCCCGUUCCAGCAGGACCGGCAGAACAAGCAAGCCAUGGCUUCGCACGGGGCACACCUCGUGGCCACCAUGCUGGCUACCCCCGUAGCGCCGGCCAAGGCAGCCCAGGCCUCUCUCCUCGCCCUAUCUCCCGAGCAGCUCUUCGACCUCGCAACACGCUCCCCGGCCUCGGCGGGGAUCCUCACGGCCGCGCUCGCGCACCCGUCUCCCCAAAACCCCAUCUUCCACAAAGCCCUCGUCGCGAACCUCAUCCCCCGUAUCGGCGAACUGGCGGACAGCCAACCGGGCCACACCGUCGUCAACGCCAUCGUGGCCGUGCCCUCGCGGGGCAAAGACCGCGCGGUCCCUUUCCACAUGAAGCAGAAUAUCAUGGGCAAGCUUGCGGAGCGGGAGUGGCAGCUACGCGAGUCGUGGACCGGGCGGAACGUGUGGCGGACGUGGAAAGGUGACAUGUGGAAGACGAGACCGGCGGACUGGGCUAGGUGGGCGAAGGAGGUGGAUGGUGAGGUUGAGGCGAAACCUAAGCCUUGGGAGCUGUUGAGGGAGAAACAGCAGAAGCAGCAGCAGAAAGAGAAGUGAGAUGGGACUCUGGAUGGUGGCUUUUGUAUAUUUUGAUACCCCCUCUUGAUGGAUUCAUCUCUGAGAGCUAUGGCAUUCCAUCUUGCCAUCUCCGUCAAAUACCGACAACAGAUACUUGGCAUGCUCGGGGAAUCCCGUCCUCGGGCUGGUCCUGUCAAUAUUUAGUCUUUGAUGCUCUUGUUCGUGGAAUUCUUACAUGAACAAUUGGGAAUGCCUUGCUGCUGAAUGCACUGCAGUGCUGUGCCCUUCCAACACAAUUAUUGAUCGUGCAACACAGGUGGGACCAGAAAUGAGCUGAUGGAAUGGGACUGGUUCAUAUACGAUGUUGUUUAAAUUUUCUUUUUUACUGUACAUUGCUUGGUCCCUGGUGAUCUCCCACUGGCAUGCCU